AUGCCAGCUAUAUCCAAUGAGUUUGGUCUUGUGGCUGGCGUUGUUGCAGCUUCGUGGAUGGUGCAUCAUGGCUACAUGGCUGUGAAAGUGAUGCAAGCAAGGAAAAAGCACCGUAAGGCGUUCAAUUGCGUUCAGCGCGGCCACCAGAAUUCUCUGGAGAACCAGCCCAUUUUCUUGGCUUUGCUUGUCACUGCGGGCCUUAAGCACCCAAUCACUGCUGCUGCGGCCGGAGUCAUCUACUUGGUGGGACGCGUUAUGUACAUGCAGGGUUACUCCACUGGCGACCCGGAUAAGCGUAUGCGUGGCAGUCUGCUUUACGCGGGUCUGUUCACACUAAUCGGUAUUGUGUGCAAGUGGGGAGUACAGAGUGCGCUGGCACUGCUGCCAAAGUAA